AUGUCAGCUGUGUAAAUCACCGCGCACGUCAGAUUAUCCAAUGUUGUGUCAUUAAAAUCUGUCAAUAUAAAUAAAUUUUAGAGCUUUAGUUACCGCAUUAGAAUACAAAUUCUAAUAGAAUCAAUACAAAUGUAAAAGUGAUUAGCAGUUUGAUUAAUCGUGAAUUUAACCAAUAUGUUAAACAAAAACGAGGAGGUGCAAGAACAAACUAAAAGGUUACGGUUCAAGUCUAUAACCAACACACAAAAUUCGUCCGGCGAUCUAAGUUUUGAUAGAGGUGCGAAGGAAACGAAAUGUAAAGAUCCGGAGAAGGCGGCCUCUUUGUUUGCGUUUUUACAUGUAGAGCUAACACGAGGAUAUUUACUAGAACACGAUGAAGAACGGUUUUCAGCAAGGAGAGAAAAGGUUUAUUCCUUUAUUAAAAUUCCUCAGGAAUUGGAAAAAUUUAUGGCUUAUGGGUUCUUUCAAUGUGCUGACUCUCUACUGUUUGUUUACACAUUCCUCCCGUUGAGGUUUAUUAUGGCUAUUUGGACCUUGUUUAGCAGACUUUUCAGGAAAUGUUUUGGGUUUUAUUCAAAUUCUCGCAAAAGUAUAUUAAAACCAGCAGAAACAUGUGACAUGCUUAAAGGUUUUAUAUUAGUAAUUUGUAGUAUUCUAAUGUGCUACAUAGAUACUAAUAUGAUGUAUCAUUUAGUGAAGAGCCAGAGUGUGAUGAAAUUAUAUAUAUUCUAUAAUAUGCUGGAGGUUGGCGAUAGAUUAUUCUCAGCUUUUGGACAAGACACUAUUGAUGCUCUCUUUUGGACUGCUACAGAGCCAAGAGAUCGAAGGCGGGAACAUUUGGGAGUAAUACCUCAUCUGCUGUUUGCUAUGAUCUAUGUCUUUCUUCACAGUUUGUUAGUAUUGUUCCAAGCAACAACUCUGAAUGUAGCCUUCAACUCGAAUAAUAAAAGUCUUCUUAUCAUAAUGAUGUCCAACAACUUUGUUGAACUCAAAGGCAGUGUCUUCAAGAAGUUUGACAAGAACAACUUGUUCCAAGUGUCUUGUAGUGAUGUGAGGGAGCGACUUCAUCUGUCGGUGCUGCUAUUCAUAGUUGUGCUUCAAACUAUGAAGGAAUACAUGUGGAAGGAGGAACGGUUCUGGAUACUGGCACCUGACUGUAUCCUAGUCCUUACUUUCGAGGUCAUAAUUGAUUGGGUCAAACAUGCUUUCAUUACUAGGUUCAAUGAGAUUCCCUAUGGAGUGUAUAGGGAAUACACAGUGAGUUUGGCAUACGAUGUAGCGCAGACGAGGCAGAAGUACGCCUUCAGUGACCACUCGGACUUAGUGGCACGCAGAAUGGGCUUCAUACCUCUGCCUCUCGGUGUCGUUAUAACCAGGGUUCUAGUUCAUGCUGUUAAAGUUGAUGGAUUUGCAGCAAUCUUCUUAAUAACAAUAGCUUAUUUGUGCCUAAUAUCAGUAAGAGUACUCGUUUCUAUCGUUAUACUUGGAAAGGCUUGCGAUUUGAUUACACAGCAUCAAACGGAGAAGAAUGAGAGUUAUCACGCUACGCCCAAAAGAGAGCCAAAAGACUUGACCCCAAAAGAUAAUUCUUUCGUCCACAAACCCGAAGCUGAGAUGCCACCACCGAAAAAGCCAACACAGUUGAAGUUUACAGUUCCUGAAAAUGUUGUUUUGAGUGAAUCGCUGGUAGACGCGUCGGUUGGUGCUGCGGCCAUCUUCUCAAACAGCGCCAUCGACCUGAACGGAGUGUGUUAUCUAAAUGACAAAAUGAAUACACAAGUCAAACAGGAGGCUGGCGAUUUCCUUGAAACAGAACUGGUGGAUGUGAGUAGAAGUGCACCAGACAUAAAGGCGGCCGCAGCGGUUAGUGCGCAGGCCGAAGUGUUGGAGCGACCACUGUCGCCCGACGCAGACGGCCUCAAGCGACGCUCCGAGUCCGAACCCAACCUCGUGAAGGCAGAGGAACAUUACGAGGAGACCACAUAGCACACCAUGUGCUGCUUGGUAAACAUCCUACUCUAAUAUACGCGGUCUAUCUAGUCCUUCGUCUAAUGACAGAUUCAUUCAACCGACAAAAUGUUUAAAAUUGUUUAUAUAAAUAAGUAUAGAAACGCGCUCGUUGCGUCUCGUUGUUUUUCUAUUGUGUGUACAGUUUUGUACUUGGUUUGACUGGGUUUUUAUAUCGAAUAUUUUUGGAUAUUUCGUGUCUAAUGUAGUUUCUGUUAUCCUAUGUCUUAGCUGAGUUCCAGUUGUUUGUUCAGAGUUCUAGUUAUAGCUAUGACAAAGCGAGCGAAGCUAAAUAUAUGGUAAAAAUCCUUUAGUACCAGUACCUUGCUUUCUAUCAGGUGAAUGACAUUGUUAAUAUGAAAAUAUUAAAUAAUAUUUGUUUUCGAAACGCAUGCUUCUUUUAUUUCGUACACGGUAGAAAGGAAGUUACAGUUUCAACAUAUUUAUUUAGAUAAUGAAGUAACAUUAGAUAUAUUUACUUAAUUAAUGACUAGUGGAGACAGACCGCUUUGAUUGGCUAUUUUAGAUAAAUUAAUAUAUUUCUUGUAAUGUCUUAGACAUAGGUUAGAUUACCUUAAUCCUCGAUUCGGGAAGGUAAACGGAUGUCAUAGCUUAAAUUCUAAGACUGAUAUGAAUUAGGUGCUUAAUAUAUUCAUUUUCUUAUAACCUUUAUUCAUAAUUUAUUUUUGUUUAUAAAAGUUUGUUAUAUAACCUUACAAGUGUGAUAGUUCAAAGUUUUUUUUUAUCAUUCCAAUGGUACUAAACAGAAUGAUAAUUACAUACAUAAAAAGUUCAUGUUAAAAAUAUAGAAGAGAACAAUAUAUUCUAUUUUGGUGGACAUGGAUGCAUAUUUUUUUUAAGUAUAUUCAUAUGUUAUAGAGUAAGAUACAUUCGUCAUGGUAUUUAGAUUAUUAUCCUUCCUGCCUUUAUCCUAACUUACUUGUUGGGGUUGGCAAAAUAUGUCCCUUUUUCCAUUCUCCUCUUGGUCCUAAUCUAUCCAUCUUUAGUCGCCAUUUUCCUGUCCGUCCACCUACAUUUAAAGUCACCACUCGCUUUGUCACAUGAGUUUCAUUACUUCUCAUUACAUGUCUAUAACAAGACAGACGGUAUUUUUAAUCGUGUUUGUGGGAAUUGGUAGAGGGCAAAAUAAAUGAAAUUAUAAAAUGUAUUUUAUGCUACAUUACUGUUGAAAUAAAUUAAUGUUGAUGGCCAAUUGCCAUUAUGUACAAAGUUACUUUUUACUGGACUAACAAUUUAAUUGGUAAUAAUGCUAAAAUGUUUGUAAAUAAUAAUUAGCUUCAUGUUCCACUCACCAUCCUCUCAGGAUUGUUUUAUCAGUACAAUAUUGUAACUUAUAACUAAAUUAUUCGUAGUAUAAUUAGCAGAUUAAAAAUAAUUUAAAAUGUAGCAUUAAAAUAAAAAUUAUAUUUUUUAUGAUUUUGACGAAUUGUAUCUGUUCCUAUAAUAUGUUCGUGGUUUUAUAUAAAUUAUAUCAUCACUCGUUUAUUUAA